CGAUAUUAGAGUUACGUGCCCCUGACAAGACGUCAACAAGGCAUGUGUGCCUGAUCAGAUUUAGAAUAGCAGUAUAUAGAUCGAGAUGCAUUGUAGCAGAUUAUGGCUGAUGUGAGCGUGAUAGUCCCUGUCUACAAUGGAGAGAAGUGGUUGUGUGAGUGUCUGGAGUCAGUAGAGCAGCAGACAUUCAGUGGCCGUCUCCAGCUGUCGAUGUAUGACGAUGGAAGCACGGAUGGUACAAGUGACCUGAUCGGGACAUGGAGACAGCGCUUGGAGCAUCACGGUAUAGAGGUGGUCACAGGUGGACAUACCGAUGCACAGCCCAGGGGAGUUGGCUAUGCAAAGAACAUGGCUGUCAGACAGAGUACAGGGGACUUCCUCUGUUUCCUGGAUGCAGAUGACGUGAUGCACUGUGACCGCAUCAGAAGUCAGAUUGAGGCUGCCAGGGCACACCCAAAUGCUAUAAUUGGCUGUUGCUUCCAUCGUACACCUGGAGACUCCACGCUCAGGUUCACCCGGUGGGCUAAUUCCCUGUCUCCGGACCAGCUGCCUCUACAGGUGUUCACAUCGCACGGACCAACUGUCAUCAUGCCAACAUGGUUUUGCUCCAGGAAAGUGUUCAACAAAGUCAGUGGCUUCGAUGAAGGUGGCAAGGGAGUUCCAGAGGACCUGAUGUUCUUCUACCGACACCUGGACCUGGAUGGGGACGUGGUGCGUGUGGACCGAGACCUGCUCACCUACAGAUACCACCCACAAGCCACAACAUUCUCUGUCCAUGAGGACACCAUCUGGAAUCUGAGAGUUGACUUCCUACAGAAACAGGUACUGUCUCAUUGGUCCAAAUUCACAAUCUGGAAUGCUGGGAAACAGGGGAGAAAACUCUUUCGUUCUCUUACACCUGAGAAUCAGAAGAAGGUGUGUGGCUUCUGUGAUGUGGAUGCAAAGAAGAUCAGUAAAGGAGUGUACAUCUACGAGGAGUCCAAGGAGCGUCCUAAACCCCGACUUCCCAUCAUGCAUUUCAGUACUGCCAUUCCACCGCUCAUCAUCUGUGUGAAACAGGACCUAACAAGUGGCAGUUUUGAGGAGAAUUUGGCCUCUCUGAAUCUUAUUGAGGGAACAGAAUAUGUCCACUUCAACUGAACCAAGGACCAUGUAGGCACCUUGGUGUCAGCGGCCUAGAACUGUCAGUGAGGGGAGGUGCACCUUGGUGUCAGUGGCCGAGAACUGUCAGUGAGGGGAGGUGCACCUUGGUGUCAGUGGCCGAGAACUGUCAGUGAGGGGAGGUGCACCUUGGUGUCAGCGGCCUAGAACUGUCAGUGAGGGGAGGUGCACCUUGGUGUCAGUGGCCGAGAACUGUCAGUGAGGGGAGGUGCACCUUGGUGUCCGUGGCCGAGAACUGUCAGUGAGGGGAGGUGCACCUUAGUUUCAGCGGCCUAUCGGUCAUCAGACCUCAACGAACACAUGUGGAAAGAGUUGCAGACCACCCUCUCGCGAUGUCCUGUCCCUUCCAACAACUACAGAAACUUGGCAAUGCUCUUACUGAAAAUUUUAACAAUCUUGCCAAGGAUUGCCCACAAGCAUCUGGAGCAUGAUAAGAUGGUGCCAGGCUGUGAUUGCAUUGUGGAUCACAUACAUGCUACUGAGAGUUGAUUUAAAAAAUAAUAAUUUUAAAACGUAUCAGCUUUGGUCAGAUACUCUCAUUUUGACAGGUGAUCUGAUUAUUGGUCACAUGUUUGUUGGCACAUGACAACUGGCUAUUUUAACAGAUGUACACAAUUCAAUGUAUCAGCUAACUUAGUAUAGAUAAAAAAGGAACUUGUCAGUUUUGGAAUAUAUUCUAUGAAGACCAUUUCAGGUAAACCUUACUGGCAUUUGAACUGUUUGAUAGACAUUACUUGGAAGUUGACCGAAACGUCCCCUUGACAGUAAAUAAAGAAGUUAUCCAUACUUUGUCUUACUGGCAUUUGUUACAAUCAUUGUUAAACAAUAAACUGCCAUGUAACUGUUAAAUUAUUUAUGUCGAGAUUUGGUAGAUGCACGUCGCAUUGUGUUAUCUUUAGAUGCUAGUGUGGUGUGUAAAUACCGGUCCGUAUACCAUGGACGGUGAUAGUAUGUUAUAGAAACAUGUUAAGUUCUAGACGUGAGGGCACAUUAUAGAAACUUUACAUGAGUGUUU